CUGCAGCUCCGCGGCUCCUCUCGCUCCUCUCUCGGCUCCGUCUUGUUCUUCAACUCGCAGCGAAGCGGCAGAUCUUCGGCCCGUGGACCGGCGGAUCCGGCGGGCGGCACGACGGGGACAGACCCGGCUCGGCUCGGCUCGGCACGGCUUUGAAAAUCUCCGACGGAGGCCCGCACUGUGCACUCAGCCUCCCGCAGGCCUCCUGCCCGACUCCCGCUUUUCUCCCGGAAAAUGGACGGCUUCGCCGGCAGUUUAGAUGACAGCAUGUCCGGCGCAAGUGUCUCGGACGUCAAUGACCGUUUGUCAGCUCUGGAGCUUCGUGUCCAGCAGCAGGAGGAUGAGCUGACGGUGAUGAAAGCGGCUCUUGCCGACGUCCUUCGUCGCCUCGCUGCCUCUGAAGACUCUGCUGCCUCUGCGACCAAGAAGCAGCAUGGAGGGAAAGGUGGAGCUGCAUUACGUGAAGCCUACUCCAUGUCCUGCAUCGCCAAUGGAGGCACAUCUGGACGCAAGAGGGACUCCACCUCCGUCACCAGGAAGGAAACCGUGUCAUCGGCUGCCAAGAGCGGUGCAGACAAGAAGAAGGACGGUCAGCGUUCUCAGAUGGCAGAGAUCCAGGAACAUGAGGAACCCACUCACCAAACAAACCCAUCCUCCAUCCCCACCUCCCCCAACCCUCCCCCAACUCCUCCUACCCCACAGACAUCACAGAGACCGCCCGUUUCCUCUGACAGCAGUAAAGGCCACGCCCCUCCUAAAAGGGGACCCAGCAUGAAGCGGUCCUCAGGUAUUGAGCGCUCUCAGAGUAGCACCUGGGACACUUCAGAGGAAAACAGGAACAAACUGGUAAAAGCAGCAUCGACCUCCAAACUGCUGGCCAAGGUGGUAAAGAACACUGAGAGGCACAGAGACCCUGUCGUGAGCCAAGCCAAAAUGUCGACCCGAGAGAAAAACAGCCAAGCUGAGGGGAAUGCUAUUAAGAUGUUCAUGCGUGGUCGACCGAUCACCAUGUUCAUCCCUUCAGACGUGGAGAAUUACGAUGACGUUCGGACUGAUCUUCCUCCAGAAAGACUCAAGCUGGCAUGGGUGUAUGGUUACCGGGGAAGAGACUGCAGAGCAAACAUCUACCUCCUUCCAACCGGAGAAAUUGUUUACUUCAUUGCGUCAGUUGUAGUUCUGUUUAACUAUGAGGAGCGGACUCAGAGACAUUACCUCGGACACACCGACUGUGUCAAAUGUCUGGCCAUCCAUCCUGAUAAGAUUCGGAUCGCCACGGGACAGCUCGCAGGAGUGGACAAAGAUGGACGGGCGCUGCAGCCUCACGUUCGUGUCUGGGACAGCGUCAGUCUGUCCACGCUGCAGGUUAUCGGUUUGGGAACAUUUGAACGAGGUGUUGGCUCUCUAGCUUUCUCCAAAGCUGACUCUGGUCAGCACCUGAGUGUGAUUGAUGACUGUAACGACCACAUGUUGACAGUUUGGGAUUGGCAGAAGAAGUCAAAGAUUGCUGAGAUCAAGACCACUAAUGAGGUGGUCCUGGUCGUGGAGUUCCACCCAACAGACCCGAACACCAUCGUCACCUGUGGGAAGUCCCACAUCUUCUUCUGGACCUGGAAUGGGAACUCACUUGCUCGUAAACAGGGAAUCUUUGGGAAAUAUGAGAAGCCAAAGUUCGUCCAGUGUCUGGCCUUUCUGAGCACUGGAGACAUUGUCACUGGAGAUUCUGGAGGAAUCCUGCUGGUCUGGACCCGGAGCUCCGCCGAGACCCCGACAGGGAAGGGACCCAGAGCUUUUCAGAUAAUUCGGCAGGUCAAAGGUCACGAGGGAAGCGUUUUCUCUAUGUGUGAGAUGAGGAGCGGCACACUGCUGACCGGAGGAAGCAAAGACCGAAAAAUCAUCCUGUGGGACCAUGAACUGCGAGCUGACCGAGAAAUUGAGGUCCCAGAUCAGUAUGGAACCAUCAGAGCGGUGUCUGAGGGGAAGGGGGACGAGUUUCUGGUCGGAACGUCUCGUAACUUCAUCCUGAGAGGAACCUUCAACGAUGGCUUCCUGGUGGAGGUCCAGGGCCACACAGAUGAGCUCUGGGGUUUGGCGGCUCACCCGUCCAAAGAGUUGUUUCUGACGUGCGCUCAGGAUCGGCUCGUCUGUCUCUGGAACUCGAGCAAUCACAGCCUGCAGUGGAGUCGCACACUGGAGGAACAUGGGCACUGUGCAGACUUCCAUCCAAGUGGCACUGUGGUCUCCAUAGGAACACACUCAGGAAAGUGGUACGUUCUGGAUGCUGAGACCACAGACCUAGUGGGGAUCCACACUGAUGGGAACGAGCAGCUGUCAGUGAUGCGCUUCUCUGUUGAUGGAAGCAUGCUGGCUGUUGGAUCUCAUGAUAACUUUAUUUACCUCUACAACGUCUCGGAGCGAGGACGCAAGUACAGCCGAUACGGGAAGUGCACAGGACAUUCCAGCUACAUCACCCACCUGGACUGGUCACCUGACAACAACUUCAUCAUGUCCAACUCUGGAGACUACGAGAUCCUCUACUGGGACAUUCCAAACGGUUGUAAACUGAUCAGAAAUCGUUCUGAGUGUAAAGACAUUGACUGGGCGACUUACACCUGCGUCCUGGGAUACCACGUUUUUGGUGUUUGGCCAGAGGGUUCAGAUGGCACUGACAUCAAUGCUCUGAUCAGAUCUCACAACAGGAAGGUGAUCGCUCUGGCUGAUGACUUCUGUAAAGUUCACCUGUUCGCCUACCCAUGCUCCACCUUCAAGGCCCCCAGCCAUAAGUACAGCGCCCACAGCAGUCAUGUGACCAACGUUGCCUUCCUGUAUAAUGACAGUCACCUGAUCUCGACGGGGGGGAAGGACACCAGCAUAAUGCAGUGGCGUUUGGUUGAGAAAUCUUCGCUGUCUCUCAAUGACAGCCUCAUCUCUAACUCCACCCCUCGUCGAGUUGAGCCUGUAUUCGUGACAUGCCCUCCCACUGAAACCACACCGUUGCAGGAACCCAACCCCCCUCUGACAUCCAAUGGGACCCAGGAACCCUUCCCUGAAACUCCACCCCCCACAGAGUUAGCCCCACCCACAUCAGAGCUAACCCCACCCCAUUCCGAGUCGACCCCACCCCUUUCAGACAGCACAGUGAGCCUGAAGGAUAGUCUGGAGCCCAGCGAUGACACGGCUACACCCAGUGAUGAGGGGCUGCCCCCCCUGACCCCUCCUUCAUAGACUGUGUGUGUGUGUGUGUGUGUGUGUGUGUGCACGCGCGCGCUGUCCAGCUGUCUUUGUGGGGACCAGGCUCAGUUAUAUUCUUGAGUGAGGACGGCUUUACAAAUGAGGACAUUCUGUUGGUUUUUAUGAUUGAACUUCAGUUCAGCUUAGGAUUGUAGUUCAGCAUGUUAAAGGGAUGACUGUUAUGAUAGAAACUUCCAGAUGAUGAUUUCAUUAUCUCUGAUCUCCUUCCAAAUAAACCUCCACAGGGCAAGUCAGAAAGCAGAGAAACAGACAGUUCAGAAGCUACCUGAGAAUCGGUUUUCUUUUAGUUUUCCUCAGUCUCUCAAUGAUCAAUAAUCUCAACAUCCAUGUUUCACUGCAGACAGGAGCUGCUCGCAGUGAGUUCUGCUGCUUUAAAGGGACAGUCUGACUAAAUGUGAAUAAUCAAUAACUUUGAAUUCCAAUGGUAGCAAAGGUCAAAUCAGUAACAGGUAUAAUAAGGGUCCUCACAAGAAGUACCAAUGUCUGUAUCAGGACUGAAACCUGCAGGUCACAUGGUUUAUCUCAGUAAUCAGCUGUUUGGAUACAAAGACUGAUUUUUGAAGAUCUGGAAGGAUGGAUUUGUGUGAGAAGAGAUGGGAGGAGGAGUAUUUUCUACACACACACACUCACACACUCCUUUGUUUAAGGUUAAACUUUCUUAUUGUUUUCUUUUUAAUAAACUUGACAGUUGUGUGUGUCUGUGGGGGCAUGGACAAUCUGAAAGUCUUAAAACAUUUCUAAUUUUGUUUUUUAAACAUAUUUGGACCCAAAAAUUUAAUCCUGUUUUUAUUUUUGUGUUUUAAACAAUGUAAAUUAUAAUUGAUGUGCUUCUAAGAAAUGGUUAAGCAUAUUUUUCCAGUGUAAAAGCUCGACGCAACAACAUGAGGCUUUUAAUGUGAAACAUACAGGAAGUAUGGCUGUUAGAAUACAAAUCCAAAAGCAUGGCAGUUUCAGAUUUAAAUCAAAUAUAAAAUAUGUCUCAGCCUCAGAGACAGGUGAACUUGUUUCCAGAAUUGAGAGUUUGAACCCCAUCAAUAAUGUAAACAGAAAGUAAUCAGAUUGUAAACAGGAAGUCAUGAGAAUGUGAAAUGUGGAAUGUGAAGUCGAUCUCCAGAGUAAAACAAUGUUUUUAAUUGUCUGAUGGCCGGUGAUGGAGAUUUGAUCAGACGUGUCUGUGCAGCAGCUGUUUGUAUAUACUACAGAUACCUGUGUAUAUUUCUGUUCACCAUUAGGGGGCAGCAGCUCCUCAGCAAAGUGUAAAAAUACAUCUCUCAUCCAAUCAGGUGACAGGAAAUCUUAGAUAACUUCCUCUGAUUGGCUGGUGAUGUUUUUGUUGCUUCUGGACCACAUCUGUUCAAAAUCUUAACUGAAUGUCAGGAUGAUGAUGAUGUCACUCCAGGGCUGUGGCCUUUCAGGUGGGUUGGGGGAGGGGAUGGUGUUGGGUUGUUCAUGUUGUUGCCUUUUUAAUACUUAGCUGUCUAUGUUCAUGUUUUUACAUGACCCUGAAGGGCUUGUCCACAGUUCAGGAGCCCACCUGGAUGGUCAUGAAGGGGUGGGGAGUUUAUUUGCAGUUCAAUGACAUUGAUACGCAUGAUGCUGUUCAUGUGACUGCUUUGAGCCAUUCAUGUUUUCUCUCAUGCAUUCCUGUCAGGUGACAGACUGUACUGAAGAUUUCAACAAGAAAUGAAAAUAAAUGUUUUGGAAACAGAAA